UGGGCCUUUUCAACCCAGGCCAUUCUAUGAUUAGAGUGCCUUCUCUGAGGUCUCUGCCACCAGGAAGCAGAACUGGCUGGAGGGGAUGAGGGAAGUAUAAUGCAUGCUCUCAGCAUGCACAUCAGCCGUCAUGAAUCCUCAGUAUAAUUGUAACAGCUAAUUAUCGUUUUAAAAGAGCUGUAAAUCUGGGCUCCUUGAGUAAUGUGGACCACAUUGCGUGUUCUGUGGCCGUGCUGUUGUUGUUUUGAAGCAUCCUUUAUUCCCAUCCUAGCACUCAAGGGAGGAUUUUUGCUGUACUUUCCUGUUGGCCAGGCCCCUUCCACAGUUAGUGCAUCUUUGGCAAACAGCCUUACUCACGCUGACCCAUCUGCCUGCACCAUGGGAUGAGAGGGUUAGGAGCCUGCUCCUGCCUCGGCCUCCCGCUGUGCUGCUGCUUGUGGCUCUACCAAAAAUGUGCUUUUGACAGCAGAUCUGCCUUGAUUUCCUUUUGCCUGCUCUGGGCCUGGUUGCAUCAGCUCUGUAAGUAAUGCCAGGCAGUGAGGGGUGGUUGUGAGCACAGAGGCAGGAGCUGAGCUGGCAGUCACCUGGUGCAAUAGGACUGGGGGGUCCUGGGGGGGUGCCUCAUUGCAUCUUUUGUAGCAGUUGCAUCCGAGAGACUGUGGUGCUGAUGGAGGUCUACAGAGAUUCUGUCUUUGUACUGUGGUUUGCUGUCACUUUUUGUGAGGCUGUGUAUAAACUGGCUCACUGAAAUGGCAUGGGUUAAAUAUACCUCCUUUUGGAGGGUUAUCCUUGGUGCAAACCCAGGAAAGCACAAGCUGGCACAGCCAACACGGUGCCUAUCGCCGAAGGCAGAGCAGAGACAAAAUGUUGUGUGAGGCUGAACAGGGGAUGGUUUGAGCCAGUAUUGCUGCCCGUGUCGUUGAACCACGACCUCGUGUUUGUGGAUGCUGCUGCAUGGCUUGCUUGGUCUAUCUGGCUCUUAUAUCAGUCCAAUGGCAUUGUUUCCCCAUCUAAUAAUUUGAAUAUUACUAAGUAAUGUAAACAGUUCUUUCCCUUUCUUCUGAAAGGGAAGAACAAGAAACUCCAGGUCUGCAGGCUGCUAAAGAUCACAGAUGGCAGGACUGGCUGCUGACAGCCACCAUAGCAGGGAGCGCCACAGCCAUCUCCGCCUGCCUCUGUCCUCUCAGUGGAAGGAAUCCAUUUCCUUGCAAUUCAUCCCUGUUAAAGAAAAGAUGGUAGAGCUUAUGGAGGAAAUCCUGGGAGGAGGGAGGCGCUUUUCACAGCAAGAGCCACGUGAAACACAAAGGGGCCGGCGCCGAGGCUUUCAUGGCCUGCUUCUGCAGCAGAGGUGUGACUGAAGAGCCACACAGUGGUCAUGGAGAGGGGCUUUGUCACACCUCCACCUGAGGCUGCCAUGUGGAGGUGGUGCUGUGCAUGCCCGCGUGCAACCACUCUGCUCCUCAGAGCUCACCUGCUGUGCCUUUGACCUGCUGCAUGUAAGGAAACGCUGAGCUUUGGAAGCGAGCAGAAACAGGAUGUCACGUGCUUUCCUUUGAGAUUUACUGCCCUAGCCGUGCCUGGUGGUGACUGCCCAUGCCAUCUGUUCCACCAAACUGCUGCACUUGGGUUAGUUUGCUUUAGAACUCGUUUGUAGAAGCACGUGAGCCCCAGGUCUCCUCUCCUUGGUGUUUGGGCACGGCCCUGCCUCACGUAGCUGGCUUGGUGGUAGAGACCACACUCGUCUGGGCAAGGUGAAGAUGUCUGGUCUGUAAGUAGAGUUCAGAACCAGCCAAGAAUGAGCUGUCACUGAUAAAUCCACCCUUUACUGAGGUAGAGAGGAAAUAAGUUUCAAACUGAUUGAUGUGUGAGAUAAGUUCCUAAACCACAGCAGCUGGAUUAGCUGGAGCAGAUCUGAGAGCAUCAGCGCUAGCAGCAUCGUUCUGUGCUGUGCUCUGCUGCAGCUGGGUGUCCUUCCUGCUUGAAGGCCUGGCUUUGGCAACUGCCAGGAAGUCCUCGCCUUUGCGAGGUGGGAGGAAGUGGAUGAGAUUUUUAGCUCUCUGUUGAGGCAUGUGCCUUUCCCAUCACUCAGCUUGAUUAGGGCAGUGCUGGAAAACAGAGCCUGUAAUCAUUUAUUGGCAAAGCAUACUUUGUUAUCUAGAUACUUUCUGAGGGCAAAGGAAGCCUAGCAGACCAAUUGUGGCGAUGGUUUCCUUGAGCAGCACAGAGCUUUUGGCAGAAAUAGUUGGGAUUAAACAUUAAUUGCAAACUGUUGUUCAGGAAUGGUCCUUGCUGUUUAUAGGUUGUGGUGUUCUCACAUUUCCAGUCGCUCUGAAUAGUGUUAGACAGCACAGUAUGUUGGAAAGCUUUAUGUUAAUCAAGAGCAAAUACCACAUUGUUUGCCCACCCGUAUUGACUGUUUCGUUUCAGAAAUCAUUUGAAGCUUGCGAUUUUGAGCAUAUAGAACCAUGACAAUUAAAUUAACUCAUGCCUGAGAGGCACCAUGGGCAGUUAUGGAUCUCACAUGUCCCCACGUGCCUUCCCCAGUUGGUGGUGCUUUUCUUCCAUGAUGCAUUUUCAUUGCCCAUGGCUUACUGUCACGUUAUUUAUUGUACAGGUUGUGCUGACUUGGUGUUCUUACGGUGAAUUACCCGUUUCUGGAAACCUACCAGACAAGGAAAACAUGUGGGGAGACCAUCGACAAGGCAACAGGACGGGAUCAUUUCGUGGGAGCCAAGAAGAAAGGUUUGCUCCCGGGUGGAACAGGGACUAUCCUCCUUCCCUUGAUAGUCUUGCUCAAGAAAGACACUCUGGCAACUUCUCUGGCAGAGAAUCACUUCCUUUUGAUAUCCAGGCACUCGCAGGCCUCCUCAAUCCUCAGUUUGCCAACAGAGAGGAACCUUCUUUCAGCUUUGGAGCUAGAGAUGGACCACGUAGUGACUUCAGAGGUGGGGAGGGGCACCACGAUUUCAGGGGCAGAGACUUCCCACCGUCUGACUUUCAGAGCAGAGACGAGUCUCAGCUGGAUUUCAGAGGUAGGGAGCUACCCCCUUCUGAGUACAGGGGCAGGGAUAUGUACUCCGGAGACUUUCGGGAGAGAGAAGGGCCACCUAUGGACUUCAGGGGCGGGGACAUUCCUCCAGUGGACUACAGAAACAGGGAGACGUUUCGUAUGAACUACAGGGACAGGGAAGCUCAUAGUAUGGACUAUAGGGGUAGAGAUGAGCCUCCGUCAGACUUCAGGGGAAGGGGGUCUUUUGAUCUGGACUUCAGAGGUCGAGACGGAUCUCAUUCAGACUUCAGGGCGAGAGAUGUGCCCGAGUUAGACUACAGGGGCAGAGACCAUUCCUAUUCAGACUUCAGAAAUAGGGAUGUACCCGAUUUGGACUUCAGAGGUGUGGGCACCUCUGAUUUGGACUUCCGAAACAGAAAUACAGCAUCGUCAGAUUUCAGAAAUAGGCACAGGUCCCGGUCUGAUCAGGACUUUAGGAGCAGAGAUAUGCCUCCUCCUAUGGACUUCUCAGACAGGGAAAUGCCUCCUGUGGAUCAAAGCCUUGUAGAUUUUAGACGCAACCAAUCUACUAUACCUUUAGCAGAAAGAGAGGGCUCUGGUUUAAACGCCAGCAAGAGAGAGGAGCCUGCAGUUGGUCUGGAAAGAACUCCUUUUGGUAGUCAGAAAGGUGAAUUUCAACACUCGGAAGCACCAGCCAGAGAAGAGGAAUCCCUUGGAUUGGGUCUCAAAGACAACGCUUCACACAAUUUCCAAAAUAGCCGUGGACCUCUUCCUGCUCUUCAGGACCAAGAGGAGCAACCUCAGACCUUUGCUAACAAGCAGCAACAGCAGCAGCAGCUUUCUGGGGGGGAGCAGCAAAGAUCCAAUUCUGAUCUUGGGUUAAAGGGUGAAGAUGACCUGGAUUUCCUUGGAAGGCAAGAUACGGACUACCGAAACAUUGAGUAUCGUGAUGUGGAUCAUCGGCUGCCAGCGUGUCAGCUGUUUGACUAUGAACAUGGCAAGUCAUUUUCAGAAGGAAAACCCAGCAAAGAUUCUAGGCCCUAUAAGAGCCUCCAGGACCAAGAUUACCGGACCUGCCCUGAAUUUGUGAAGCCAAGCAAGCUCAUUCGGCUGGGAGGAGUGCCUGAAACUGCCACGAAGGAUGAUAUUCUCAAUGCUUUCCGAGGGCCGGAUGGGAUGCCUGUGAAGAACUUGCGACUGAAGGAUUACAGUUCAGGUGAGGAUGCUUUGCCAGUGCUUCUGGUUUGGGGUUUACAAGAGGGUAUUUUUCACACCAAUAUAUACCUCGCUGGUUUCACUAGAGUCACCGAUGCUGUAGUUACAGAUAUUUUGGAAUGAAAAUGCCCACUGAGUUUUGUAUUUGGCUCUUUUGUCUCCAGAAUUGGUGGCUGUACUCACCGUUACUUCAGAGCUUACAUGUGUCCUGGUGCUUCUAGCUGUAGGAGCAGCAGGAAAAAAGCAGCAAGGCUGUUUGAAUAGCUACCAAGGGUAAAAACAAGAAAAACAAAAAACAUUAAUUCCCAACAGAUUUUUUUCUUUUAAUUAAUAUUAUUCAAUCCUUUUGGAUUGUUCUCAGACUUGUUUCUGAGAUGUGAGGCUGUGGAACACGUCCUGCACAAAUAGUGUCCCCAUGAAUAGUGCCCCCCUGAUACUCCCUAAUGUUUCUCCUUCAGUAACAUGAAACUUCACCCUUCUUAAAUAUGAA